AGCACAUCUGACGACGGUUGUUCUUCGCGUGAUUGCUCCGAGCUUGCCCGAGUUACUCAUACUUUUGGUGCUCUCAAAGACAGACUCGAGACUUCCUGAAUCAAGUAUGACUCGAUCCAAACUUUGACUCUUAUUUUAUUUUAUUUGCUGUAACUUAUCUUCAUUCUUCAUCAAACGUUGGAAAUUAAAACUUCGUACUCUUUACACACAAAACUACUACUUGCCUAACCUAGAUAUAUGUCUAUCUACACAUUGGCAUCAAUUCCAUCCUCCAUAUUAGUACCUUCGAUGAUCGUUCGAAUAUCUACCUCACAAACACAAACAUUGAUGCUCCAGCAUCCAACAUGACUACCAAAGGCGCAAAACAGAUGCCGCAUGAACGGCGGAAAGGUGAAGCUGCACUGGGCGACUUUGCCGAGUAUGUAGAGAAGCAACAGGCACUGCGCUAUCCAAGUCUCAAACCAACCGCCGCGACAACGGGGACCGACCCAGUCCAACACCACGAAGAGCUUGAUAUUCUUGACUCACUCAACCUAGGCGACUCCGAGCCUACUAUACCCCUACGCGCCCUUCUUUUGGCCCCGGCCGAUGAUGCGAUUGCCCAGCAGAAGCUUACUGAGCAUAUUAACGAGCGACUUCUGGAGGGUCACGGCGAAGCUGUCUUUGACCUAGGAUUUGAAAAUAAUGGCGAAUCAAUGUGUCUUACUCGUGACGAGUGGGAUAUUUCAUUGAAGCGCUUGAAAGAGACGGUCAAAAGCGUCCGAGGCGAUUGCGACAUCCUGCUCACCAAAAAUGUAGGCGGUGAGGUCGAGGCCGAGUCUACGGCAACGGCAACAACGACAACGUCAGGGAACCAAAAAAGGGAUACCGAUUGCACUGGCAAAAUAUUAAUACGACAAGCCCCUUCUACAAUCGAGGAGGUCAUCGAGACUAGGAUAGCUGUGGUUGGCAAUGUUGAUGCUGGAAAAAGCUCCAUGCUCGGGGUUUUGGUUAAGGGCGAUCUCGAUGAUGGACGAGGGAAAGCCCGUGUGAAUCUGUUUCGUCAUAAGCACGAGAUUGAAACUGGACGAACCAGCUCCGUCGGAAUGGAAAUCAUGGGCUUCGAUACAACAGGGCAUGUCAUCGCGUCUGAUACCCCUGGAAGGAAACUCUCGUGGGAAGAAAUCGGGAAACGCAGCGCCAAAGUCAUCACCUUCACUGAUUUGGCCGGCCACGAACGCUACCUGCGUACUACCGUCUUCGGUCUGCUGUCUAGCAGUCCUAAUUACUGUCUGCUUAUGGUUGCAGCCAAUAACGGACUGAUCGGCAUGAGCAAAGAACACCUUGGUAUUGCCUUAGCUCUGAAUGUUCCCAUCAUGGUGGUAGUGACCAAAAUCGAUAUUUGCCCUCCAAAUAUCCUGGAGCAGACUAUUCAACAAAUCACCAAAAUCCUGAAAUCCCCGGCAGCACGAAAAAUGCCCAUAUUUAUCAACAACCGUGAAGAAUGUGUUAACACCGCAACUCAGUUUGUGAGCCAGCGGUUGUGUCCCAUUUUUCAAGUAUCCAAUGUCACUGGCCAAAACCUCGACCUCGUCCGGACAUUUCUCAACAUCCUUCCGCACCACGGUCGCUAUGAUAGCGACGCGCCGUUCGAGUUUCAUGUUAAUGAUACCUUCUCCGUACCUUUCGUCGGUACUGUUGUGAGUGGCAUUAUUAAGUCGGGUGUGAUACAUGCUGGCGACAGUGUGCUCAUCGGCCCCGAUUCACUUGGCCAAUUCACUCAAACGAGCAUUCGAUCGAUUGAGCGAAAACGCAUCGGCGUACCUGCCGCAUCGGCUGGUCAAUCUGCUAGUUUUGCGUUAAAGAAAAUCCGGCGAAAAGAUGUGAGGAAAGGUAUGGUAGUCCUACCGAAAAUUGAGGGGCAGCCACUGCCAAAGGUCUACCGCGAAUUUGUCGCAGAGGUUCUCAUUCUCUCUCACGCAACUACUAUUAAGACGAAGUAUCAGGCGAUGCUUCACGUAGGGCCAGUCUCUCAAACGUGCUCUAUCAUCGACGUGGAUCGCCCGUUUAUACGAACGGGAGAUCGCGCCAUUGUAGCGUUCAGAUUUGUGCAACGUCCAGAAUACUUAGCACCCGGCGACCGACUAUUAUUUCGGGAAGGACGGACGAAAGGUCUAGGGAUCGUGAAGUCUGUUGGCUAUGAUGCUGGGAAGCUCCUGAUGCCUCUGCCAGACGGCGGAAUUUCAGAAGCGUCCGAGGAUACGAAUAGCUCAGGUGACAAGGGCGUCAUUUCUGCCACUGGGGUGAGGGUUAAGGCAUAGCCUAGUCCAUACCUACAUAGUAGGCAGGUCUCAGGUCCUUGGCAGAGAAGUGUCUAGCGGACUUAACGGAGAAAAGUGACGACGAUGCACAAAAGCUUAGCGUAGGGCAGGGCGGCUGCAUAAUCUUGCAGGGUGUAAAGUGAUCGACACCUAGUCGUUAUUGUCACAUCAACUUUUGCCUCUAAAGCUCAUGCACUGUUUGCGGAUCGCACAUCGGGUAUUCUCGGAACAUUUCCACGUGGAGUUGGGCGUUCAUCCAAGGAGUUCUAGAUUAAUAUAGCAAUACCUCAUGCUGUAUACUCUACUGGGGAACCAUUGUAUACAUGUCCUGACUAGCUACCACAAAUUACGUAUGUUUGAUUACUCAUUAUUGAUUACCUUUACAU